ACUCCUCCUGGCAGCCUGCAGGCUAAGGGUCGUUCCUGGUUAGGAGGAAGAAGGCUAAGGAAGGCACAGUACCAGCUCUGGCCCUGGCACAACAGCUCCAGCUGGCAGUACCACCUCCGACCAAUUUAUCCAACUUCUUCCAAGGCUCUGAAAUGCCAACGAUGUCAAGACCUGCACUUGAUGUCAAGGGUGGCACCUCACCUGUGAAGGAGGAUGCCAACCAAGAGAUGAGCUCUCUGGCCUACUCUAACCUGGGGGUGAAAGAUCGCAAAGCAGUAGCCACUCUGCACUACCCCGGGGUAGCCUCGAAUGGAACCAAGGCCAAUGGGGUUCCCACUAGUUCCUCUGGAUCUUCACCUCCAAUAGGCUCUCCUACCACCACCCUUCCCACUAAACCUACACCCUUCAAUCUGCACCCUGCCCCUCACCUGCUGGCCAGUAUGCAGCUUCAGAAACUUAACAGCCAGUAUCAUGGGAUGGCAGCCGCCACUCCUGGCCAACCCGGGGAGGCAGGUCCCCUGCAAAACUGGGGCUUUGGGGCUCAGGCGGGAGGGGCGGGGUCACUCUCUCCUUCUGCCAGUGCCCAGAGCCCUGCUAUCAUCGAUUCGGACCCAGUGGAUGAGGAAGUGCUGAUGUCACUGGUGGUGGAACUGGGACUGGACCGGGCCAAUGAGCUUCCGGAGCUGUGGCUGGGGCAGAAUGAGUUUGACUUCACUGCAGACUUUCCAUCUGGCUGCUGAUGCCAACUGUCCCUAAACAUGGAGGAAUAAAGCCACCAAUUCUGUUGUAAAUAAAAAUAAAAGUUACUUACAAAGAGAUGAGCCAA